AUGAGCUUCGAAAUCCCGUCCGUCGCCGAACUGAAGCACGCUGCCGAAGCGGGCCAGCGCAUCACGCCCGGCGAUGUUUCGAUGAUUUCGCAUGCCGAGAGCGAGUUGACCGGACGCGGCCCGGUCCGCGGCGGACCAGCUGCAACGGCACAGAGCAUCGCCAUGCGCCAGAUGAAUUUUGAUAGCAAGGUUGACGAGGUCUCGCGCAAGCCUUCGGUCCAAAUCACGCAAGAUGAUGCUCGUGAAAUGCAGUCGACAGAGGGACGGGCUUUUCAUCGCGCACCCGGGUUUGGAUCAGUGUCGGCGCAGGUUCGCUCGAUUGCCAACCAGAACGAGACACAGACGAUGCCUCCCGUGUCGGCUGACGUGCCAGUCUAUGUGACCAAGGACGAUGCGCGCGAGGCCCAGCGGGCGGAGUCGCUGUUUUACGGUGGUGCGAUCCCCAGCGGCGGAAUGGCGUCGCAGAUGCAGAGUGCGGCGGACAAAAUCGAGCAAGCCCGGCGCGAGAGCUUUUAG